AUUGUAUGAUGUGGGCGUGUCUAUUGCACGAUGUGGGCGGGUCUUUCAGUGGCUCCUCCCUCUCAGAGAUCUUGACUGUCUUAAAGUUUCUCUCUCUGAUCGUCUCAGCAUUAUUCUACAGCACUGCUCAUCUUUACACGUCACACGGAACAAAUCACAAGAUGAUCACAAUAAUCUGUGCUUUCUUUACUCUUCUGACCUGUGUCAGUGGAGUGACUGUAGUGACUCAGAGUCUAUUAAUCACAGUCAAUAAAGGAGAAACAGCUAAACUGGACUGUAAUCUGGGGACAGUAACUGAUUCUGGUGCUAGAUGGUACAAACAGACUCCAGGAGGAGUUCCUCAGUUUGUGUUAGUGUUUUAUCAUGGCUCGAGCUCUCCAUUAUAUGGAUCUGGUUUCUCUGCUCCAAAAUUCACAUCAACACAUUCAUCUAAAUCAGAUUAUAGUCUGAUCAUCAGUAAUGUGGAUGUUGGUGAUUCUGCAGUGUAUUACUGUAACACAUGGGACAGCUCUGCAGUGGUAUUCAGCCAAGGAACAACACUGAAUGUGAUCGACUUUCCUCUGGCUCCUCCUGUUCUGACACUCUUGCCUCCGUCCACCGAGGCUCUGAAGGAGAGUAAAGCUACACUUGUGUGUCUGGCUGAGGAUAUUUCUGUAGCUCUGGUUCAUGUCAGCUGGACAGUCAAUGGACGCUCUGUUACAGAGGGAGUUUGGAGCAGUGCUACUGAGAAACAACAAGACAAAACCUUCAAAAUGAGCAGCUCUCUGACCAUCGACUCCUCAGACUGGACCGAUAAUGUGGAUUUCUCAUGUGAAGUGUCAGUGGGCUCAACAUUCUAUAAGAAAAGCAUCUCAAACUCACAGUGUUAUUGAAAUAUUGUCUGAAUGAAAAUAACAGAUGUUUUAUCUUCUUCUUUAUUUCUUUUCAUAUUGUUUGAAUUGUAUGAUGCCAUAUCUGAGAC